GAUAAUUGAAUCGACAAAAAUACAAUGACCUAAGCCUACCGCAAAGUGCCUUGAAUGGGCAGCAAGAGGGGAAGUAUUUCUAGGAGACCCCUUUGAGAAUUUCAUUGAAAAACCUAUUCAGAACGACUGGUGAGAGAAGUUGUCAAUCCAUUCCAUGUUUCCGCCGAGUGCCUCUCCAAUCCCUCCCAUUUCCAGGGACAAUCCGACAGCUGCGCUGCAGACCGACUGAGCAACAACGGCGAAAGACGGGAAGUGUGGGACGGGGCAGCGGUUUUCAGCACGGGAGGAAAUGUUAGACUCGCCACAGUCGUUAAUCGCUACAGUGGUACGACAUAGUACACAAUGAAUGUUGCGCCUAUGCGUCAUUUUCCCUUCCACGAAGAACUCUUCUGACUUCUAAAAGGACUAGUUGGCUGAUUGGCGAUCGAGUGUACAGUGCGUUGUGCCAUUUGGAAAUUCAUUGGCUGGCUCGUUCAGUGUGCUGCUGUUGCUUGCAGGCGGCUGCUGUUCCUCUCCGUGAUUUCAUUGAUAACAGAUUUCUGGGGGCUCGGGGAGUGCAGACGGCUUCAUCUAACGUGGCUUGAAAACAAUGGACUUCAGUAGCAAUCGGGGCUGUUGAUUUUAGUCUCAAAAUAGUGAGACAAACACGAACUUCUUUUUUAUUCAUGUAGCCACUUUUCAACGGGUGGGAUGCAACGCUUGUUCUAGGCGGACAGCAGGACGAAUUGUUGGCAAGUUUUGAACUCCAGUUAACUAGCUGCUCCUUUGGCAGUCACUAGAACUUUAAAAUGUCUAAUACUCCGAAGUUCAAGAAAGAUAAAGAAAUAAUCGCGGAAUACGAGAGUCAAGUCAAAGAGAUCCGGGCCCAGCUGGUGGAGCAGCAGAAAUGCCUGGAGACGCAGACGGACAUGCGGGUCCAACUGCUGCAGGACCUGCAGGACUUCUUCCGCAAGAAGUCCGAGAUCGAGAUGGAGUACUCCCGCAACCUGGAGAAGCUCGCCGAGCGCUUCAUGGCCAAGACCAGGAGCACCAAGGACCAUCAGCAGUAUAAAAAAGACCAGAACCUGCUGUCCCCGGUGAACUGUUGGUACCUGCUGUUGAACCAGGUGCGACGGGAGAGCAAGGACCACGCCACGCUCAGCGACAUCUACCUGAACAACGUCAUCAUGCGCUUCAUGCAGAUCAGUGAGGACUCCACACGCCUGCUCAAGAAGAGUAAGGAAAUAGCAUUUCAGCUGCAGGAGGAUCUGAUGAAGGUGCUGAACGAGCUCUACACAGUCUUCUCCAGAUCGGGAGGGAGCGCCCCCGUCUUCCACCUGCGCCUGGAGGACAAGAACCCGCGCCGCAGCUCCGUCAAGAAGAUGGAGAAGAUGAAGGAGAAGCGGGCAGCCAAGUACUCGGAGAACAAGCUGAAGUCCAUCAAAGCCCGGAACGAGUACCUGCUGACGCUGGAAGCGACAAACUCCUCCGUUUUCAAAUACUACAUCCACGACUUGUCUGACUUAAUUGAUUGCUGCGACCUAGGCUACCACGCCAGCCUGAACCGGGCGCUGCGCACCUACCUGUCGGCAGAGUACAAUCUGGAGACGUCGCGCCACGAGGGCCUGGACAUCAUCGAGAACGCCGUGGACGGCCUGGACCCACGCAGCGACCGCCAGCGCUUCAUGGAGAUGUACCCCACUGCCUUCUGCCCGCCUGCCAAGUUCGAGUUUCAGUCCCACAUGGGCGACGAGGUGUGCCAGAUCACGGCCCAGCCCCCUGUGCAGGCUGAGUUGAUGCUCCGUUUCCAGCAGCUGCAGUCGCGUCUCGCCACACUCAAGAUCGAGAACGAGGAGGUGAAGAAGACCUCAGAGGCUACGCUGACCACUGUCCAGGACAUGGUGACGGUGGAGGACUACGACGUGUCCGAGAGCUUCCACCACAGCCGCUCCACUGAGUCAGUCAGGUCCAGCGUCUCGGAGACCUACCUGAGCAAGCCCAGCCUGGCCAAGAGGCGCGCCAACUUGCAGGAGACCGAGCAGUUCUACUUCAUGAAAUUCCGGGAGUUUCUUGAAGGCAGCAAUCUCAUCUCCAAGCUGCAGGCCAAACAUGACCUGCUGAAGCGAGCACUGGGAGAGGGUCACCGAGCUGAAUACAUGACUACCAGGCCCCCAACCCUCCCCCCCAAACCAGGGGGGACGAUGCGGCGGCCCCGUCCCCGCUCAGUCUUUAGCGUUAAGCUCUUUAACGGCAACCUGGAGGCCUACAUCAAGGACUCUGGUCAAGCCAUUCCACGUGUGGUGGAAAGCUGCAUCCGGUUCAUCAAUCUUUAUGGCCUGCAGCAUCAGGGCAUCUUCCGCGUGUCCGGCUCUCAAGUGGAGGUCAACGACAUUAAAAACUCUUUUGAGAGAGGCAACGACCCCCUGACGGAUGAGGAGAACAACCACGACAUUAACUCUGUGGCUGGAGUGCUCAAGCUCUACUUCAGAGGCCUGGAAAACCCCCUCUUCCCCAAAGAGAGGUUCAACGACCUCCUCACCUCCAUGAGAAUAGAGAACCUUUACGAAAGGGCCCUGUACAUCCGUAAGAUCCUGUUGACUGUACCCAGAUCAGUGCUGAUCGUCAUGCGGUACCUCUUCGCCUUCCUGAACCAUCUGUCCCAGUACAGCGAUGAGAACAUGAUGGACCCGUACAACCUGGCCAUCUGCUUCGGACCCACCCUCAUGCCCACGCCGGACCUCCAGGACCAGGUGUCGUGCCAGGCACACGUCAACGAGGUCAUCAAGACCAUCAUCAUCCACCACGAGACCAUCUUCCCCGACUCCAAAGAGCUCGAUGGGCCCGUCUAUGAGAAGUGCAUGGCCGGAGGAGACUACUGUGAGAGUCCUUACAGUGAGCACGGAGUGCUGGAGGAGGUGGACCAGGACGGAGGAGCAGAAACACACACCAGUGAGGAUGAGGGAGAGCCCAUCGAGGCCAUUGCCAAGUUUGACUACGUGGGCCGCUCGGCGCGGGAGCUGUCCUUCAAGAAGGGGGCGUCUUUGCUGCUGUACCAGCGGGCAUCCGACGACUGGUGGGAGGGCCGCCACAAUGGCAUCGACGGGCUGGUGCCACAUCAGUACAUAGUGGUGCAGGACAUGGAUGACACGUUCUCCGACACCCUGAGCCAGAAGGCGGACAGUGAGGCUAGCAGUGGGCCAGCCGCAGACGACAAGAACUCCGGCAAAGACAUGAACUCCCCUACUGAUGCCCGGAUACAGGAGGCCUACAUCAGUCGGCACAGGAAGCGGAGUGACCCCCCCUCUCGCCACCCCCCAGGUCGCCCUGGCGACGGCCACUGUGCUGUGCACCCCUCCCAGGGACACGGGCCCCCAUCGGACGGCGGAUCCCCAGUGUUGGGUCACUACGGGCCACGCGACCUUCUGAGAAGUCGGGGUCACGGAGGUCACAUAGGUCACGGCCCACAGGACAGUCCGGAGAGGCGGCGGCGGACGGGUCACGGCUCGCUCACCAACAUCAGCCGCCACGAGUCGCUGCGUAAGAUGGAGAGCCCGCCCAUCCGCCGGUCCACCUCCUCGGGCCAGUAUACCGGCUUCAGCACGGACCCGCACACACACUCACACCACCCCAAGAGCCUGGACCCAGAGAGCAUUGCACAGGAUAUAGAGCAGACGAUGAACACGGCUCUGAAUGAGCUGCGUGAGCUGGAGCGCCAGAGCUCGGUGAAGCACGCGCCCGACGUGGUGCUGGACACUCUGGAGCAGGUCAAGCACCAGCCGCAGCCUCAGGGUGGUGCCGGCGAGCCCGUCAGCCCGCUGCACGGCAUGCUGGUCCACCAUCGCCACGGCGACGGGCCGGGCAUCAUGCGCCGCAGCACCAGCUCCAACAGCGACGCCAUGACGACCUUCAAGCCCACCGUGGCGCCCCGCAUGGGGGUGCAGCUCAAGCCGCCCGCCCUCAGACCCAAGCCCAUGGUGCUGCCCAAGACUGCCACCCCACCGCACCCACACCCGCACGCCCACGCCCACCCACAGCCCUCCGCACCCCCACCUCCGCAGGAGGCCGUGGACAAGUCCUGCACCAUGUGAGGGGGACGCUGG